CUGAGUUGAGCGCAGCAGACCUGCGGACGGACCCAGCAACCAUGAUGCAAAGCCUGCAGCAUCUAAGCAGCUACAACAGCAACAGCGAGUUCGAGCCGCCGCAACUGGACCCUCCGACGCGUAAAGAGCGCAAGCCUGUGUGCAAGUGGACGGAGAAGGAAGAUCUCUUGAUGCUCAAGCUCGUGCAGAAGUACGGCACGCGUCACUGGACUAUCAUCGGCACUAAACUGCCUGGCCGUAAUGGCAAGCAAUGCCGCGAAAGGUGGCACAACCAGCUUGACCCCGCAAUUCGCAAAGAGCCUUGGACACCCGAGGAGGAGCGCAUCCUAAAGGAAUUGCACGACAAGUUCGGCAACAAGUGGGCGGAGAUCGCCAAGAUGUUGCCGGGCAGGACAGACAACGCCAUAAAGAACCACUGGAACUCAAGCAAACGUCGUCUCAAGCGCGGCUUCACUCCGACGUCCACCUCGCAACGCAAACGCCGUGAUAGCUCCGGCUCGGACAGCUCUUCCAGCAGGGAAAUUUCAGAGAUACCGUCGCCUGUGUUAGGUGGAGUCAACGACGUCUAUCCACUCAGCACACUGCUCACGGACCAAGUCGACUUUGCAAGUCUGUACCCGAACAAUUACCUUCAAUCUCCUCUUGCCAUUCAAACAGCGCAACUCGGUAGUCCACAGAUCUCUCUGUGUUGGACCCCAACGGACGCGACGUACAACCGACUGAACGCCAUGUGGAACAUCCCCGCGAUGCCUAAUUGGGUUUCUUCUGGCUUCAGCAACCCUCUGAACAAAGCUACGACGAUUGAGCCGAGUAGAACUAAACUGGCGUCUGACCGAGCCCCCGCCAUGAACGGCAAACGUAUUUUGGACGACACGAUUGAUGUUAGCAAGAUACAGUCGCCGCUUACGAAGAAAGUGAAGAAAGACGACCCAUCCCUGGAGAUCCUGGCCAACGCGGCACUACUGCAGUCGAUAGGCCACACGGUGUAG